UAUGUAAAUAUGUACAUAUGUAUAUUAUAACUAGCGUACACCUAUGUAGUUAAAUUAUGUAUGAAUACAAAAUCAAUAUUUCAGUUUUCCGUUUCCAUCGUGACAAAAGUUUAUUAUGGUAACUUGACUUUUUCACAUACCUUUGUAUGUAUGUAUGUAUUUAAGUUUUUACUUUUCCUUGAAAAAAUACUUACAUACAUAUGUAAAUAUAAGUAUUUUUCAUAAAAUGGCAAAGAAGCCCACACCUGAAGAUAUUUUUUACGAUCAUCUAACAUUAGGUUUAAUGGGGACACUUGCCAAGCUUCCGCGAGUAUGUAACGUUAACUGUGAACAUCGUAAACCGUGUGAAAAGGCUCAGAUUGUUAAUUGGGAACAAAGGAAUACUAUAUAUUUGCCCGAAGAUAUGAAAAAGUUUUAUUUGUCCACGGAUGGAUUUCUCUUACAAUGGAGCUAUCAGUAUGCACCAAAGGAUUUGCGCCGUGUAGGUUUUAUUCAUAUUCCACGUCUUCACCAAAUUACUUUGUCACGUGACAACAUUGAACCGUUAAUCAAUUUGAGUGCAAAUACUACAUCAGAAAAGACUCUUGCAGGCCACGAAACGAGAGUUGCUGACGAUGUUGGAACAGAUACAAGUGGGGGUGUGGGGGCAAAUGUCAGCGUUCCUAUAUUGUUAACAAGGAAAGAUCGAUGGGGUAAUCCACUACCCAAUAUAUCAACAAAGACAAAAAUAUUUGAAAUUAAUAAUGUCAAUGAUGUUGCCAAAGUGUGUAUGCUCUAUGAGGCAAAUUGUUCGAACAAUCCAAAAUUCUACCUAUUCGAGUUAAAUGCCAUGAAAUGGAUAUUUCUUUCCGAUACAUUUAGCGAAUACUUACGGAUGGCCAUUGCACAUUUAGGAUUACCAUUUUGGGAGCUUUGUUUCUCCAAUAUAGGCUUACCAUCGUGGACAGAGCAAUUGUUUAUGUUGCUAGCACCACAUUUGUUGGAGGACUAUGAACCGCGACGUGACCGCCAAAUUCACCCAUCCCCUGAACACCCAUAUAAUAUUAUCGACACCUCUGUUUUUCGCAUUAAACCAAAAGGUUCUAUGAAAAACGCACCUUCAAGGAAAAAUGUAUCUUGA